AUGGUGGGCACAGCAAGUUAUCGGAGUCGAUUAUGCCGGUCUGCACCCCAACCCUACGGAAACGAUCAAACUCACGGAGCGGAUGGUCAAUCCGGUGACGAGGGGGAGAUCGCCCCUAUGGACGAAGACAGUGACGAGGACCAAGAUGACUGGGCCAUGGAGGCCGACGGGGCCGAGCAUGAUCAGGGUUCAGUCAAGGACAAAACUUCCGAAGAUCCACCUGAGGGUUCGAUCAUGAUGGCUUUUACAAUGCUGGCCGACCUGGACUUACGCCAAGAAGGGACAGAGAAGUUCGCCAAGGUCCAGCGCGACUGUAAUGAAAACACGGAGCAGUCUCUACAGACCCUGAGGGAAAGACUCAUCAUCCUGGAGGAGGAAGUGAAAGAACUGCGGCAGAAUAGAGACAAAGGCAAGGACAAUGUCGGCGGGGAUCGAAAAAUGGCUCGCUCGAAGCGCCCGAUGCAGUGA